CAAAUAGGGGGGAGGGUACAAGUUUGUAAGCCAAGCGAAAAAUUCUCACAGUGAACUGGAUGCAAGUUUGAAAUAAGUAAAUGUUGCGCGAGGAGUUAUGGUAAGAGAGAUCUAAACAUUGUAAGUUAAUACCGUAAGCAAAGAUACAUUUACGUGAAACAUGGCUUUUUAUUCACUGAAUAAUACAUCAAUCACUUGAAAACGGAAGAUCGUUUGCUCUGAGUAGCUAGUAUCGGCGUGUCGAUGGAUGGGAGUCGGUAGCGAACUGCCAGAUAAAGAGGCGGAUAAAGGUUAAAUGGCGAUUUACAACAAUCACUGUUAUCUUCGGCAUACCCUUGCCAUGCAGAGGACAAUUAUAAUUACUAUACAACUACUAUCGACGCGAAAAUAAUAAAUGAAACGUAAGAUGUUUAAUCAGCAUCGAAUAUCAAUUAUUGCCGUGCAAAUUGAUUAACAGGCUCUAGCCCUUCUUAAAAGCGUGACCACUUCGCAUCAGUUCGCCUCUAUAGUUCUACAGCGAAUAUCAGAUAAAAGCGCCAGUCCCUCACCCGAUACUUUUAGUAGUAAGAAUUGAUCCGUUCAUCGCCGAAUGUGUCGGAGAGGAAACGCAGAGAGCAGACUCCUUCACAGAGGCAGAGGAGGCCCGCACGUGUAGAAUUUUGUCAUCUUAAUUUGAGGUUGAUUACUGUUGAGCGUUUCUAUCCCCUGUGUGACAUGCGGAAUUUUCAGCACAUGAAGUUAAUUAAGGAGAAAAAAAACAUACACAAGAUCUAGAUCCAUCGCAUAGUUUUUUAUUGGGGAUUAUUGUUUUACAUGAAAAGAGGGCUUCGUUAAGUGUUGGACGCUUUUCGGUGGUGCAGCUUAGUUAAGGAAUUAUAAUUGAGACUAAGGGACAAUGAAAGAUUUAAACCACCUCAUACAGAAACAUAUCCCAAGAAAUGUUACGUGAAAGGAUGGAAUUAACCCAGCGAUGGAGCUUCGUCAUUCUCUCUUUUAGUUGUCUGAUUUUGAUGACGCCUAUUUCAGGUUACAUCAAUGCUCCAUCAUUCCACGAGACAGAACCUAACGUCACAGUCCAUUCUGGAGAACUAGCGAUACUAAGGUGUACUAUUGAAAACCUGGGACCAAAAACAGUAUCAUGGCGUAAACUUGGUCCCAACUAUCUGUUGACGAUUGGUGAUAUGGUGUACAUGUCCAGUCAUAAGAUUGACAUCCAGCAUAAGAGGGACUGGAAGGGCCUGAACCACUGGAACCUGAUCAUUAAGCGGGUGGCGCCGGAUGACGCCGGGUUGUACGAGUGUCAGGUGUCGUCUGCUCAGCAACUGGUCUACUACGUGCAGCUAAACGUUCUCGAUUCGCCCCCUGAGCCCUCCGCAGGUACGAUACAUUACAUUUCUGGCGCGUUUUUGGUAAUGACCGCCAACACAGGUUUGACACUUGAAGGUAGAAACAUAGUGAACUUCAAUGAACCAAUUAACCUGACCUGUCUUGUAAGGGGAGAGAACCGCGCACCGGAGGAUGUUGAUUGGUUUUUUAAUGGCAUCAAAAUAGUCUCUGGCAGCAGUCGUUGGCGCAAUAGAGUCUAUAUCACAAGAGAACGAGAGACCUAUAAAAAGGAGUUCAAAAGCCAACUUCUGAUUGACAACAGUAACUUCAGCGACACAGGUGUGUUCGUGUGUCGGGCGAGCGCCGACCUCGUGAAAAGCAUCGCUGUCAGUGUUCUUGAGGCCCCAUCUCUCAAGCCAAAGAAGAACAGAGAUGUAACGGGAAAUAAAAUACACGGGAAGUUCAUAUCAGAUGAGAAAAAUUCCAGCAAAAUGCUGCACGGAUUUAGUCUUCAAUUGACUUUUAUAAUUCAAUUAAUAAUACAAACUUGGAGUAGAUGACAGAAAUAGCUCUGUUGUCGGUAAAAGUGCCUUCGUCUAACAAAGGGACAUAAGCAUUCGUCCACUUCCUUCACUCCCCUGUACCGCCUACGGGUUUCGGCUGAAGGAUUUGCUGUGUCACCGUGGUUGAGACUCCAUGAACUUACCCAGUCACUGGUUCCUGAAUUUAUGAAAAAUUCAUGCGCUUCUUUAAUCAGGAUCAAAUCUUUUGUUGCCACCACAGGCGCGUCCUGUAGAAUGACAAAAUGGCUGACUGGAAAUAAAUCUUACAUAGAGUGCUUUGAGACGCUUUUGCUGAGCGCGCGUCCAUUGUUUCAACAGAGGGAAUUUUAAAUCAUGAAUUUGAAUGAACUGCAUAUAUAUCAUUUUCUUUAAAUGUAGGGCCUCAUCAAAGUUUGGUCUAUAUUUUUUCGCGCAUCAUUCCAUUCAAAUCAGGCAUUUUGUAAAUAAUUCACAAAAUGAAUAACAAUAUCUGGUACAAAGCAAUAUCAUAACCUCUGGUGUAUUGUUGAGAGAUUGAACAGUGCCGAAGCAGUUCCCGUGAACUAUUAGCUAAACAUCGAACAGUUCUGCACAAAUAGAAACAUCAAGUAUUUAUAAGCAGUAUAAAGUUAAAAGAUGAAUUAUGUGACUCUUUUGUCAUAAUGAUAAUUUUAGCAAUAGACGAAAACAAAAGUGUUUGUAGGAAAUGGUUAUCGAAUCCAUGUAUGUGUUGUUUACGAUUUGGAUUUAAUGAAUGUGCAGCAAUGAUGUCUCUUUGAAUAUCACGUUUACUACUGUAUUGAAGCUUUCUGGAAAGAUCAAGUUGAAAGUAGUUUCUUCCCACAAAUGUGUAUUUAAAAAGUAAAAUUUGGUGUUAUGACUAAUUUUAACAUCAGAUUUUAUUUUUAGGUAAACUUGUGUGGAAAGACAGUCGAUACAUAUACUGAUUUCGAUAUAUAGUACAAAUUAGUCAUUUCCAUGAGAUUAUGACAAGUCUAUAGUGAAUUGUACAUUUAAACAUCUAGAUUUUAUUCAUUAAAAAAAACAUGUUUUUUUCUGACUUACUAUUGAUAAUUAAAGUUUCACUUUUUA